AACGGAUAACAGCAAUUAAACUCAUAAUGUUUCUCUACAGUACCUACAAACAACUUAUUCUCCUUUCAGAGUAUCUGCUCGCGGCGGCGCUGCGUCGUCAGGUGCGCACUGAGGCGGACGGUGGCAGCUGUUGUUGACGCCUCUUCACUCUCACCGGGUCGGACAGGAGGACACGCGCCCUGCUGACGAGGAGAAUUAAGUGUUACGUGCGAGGAACAGCUUUCUAAUCUCUGAUCUCUUGGAUUAUUCCUCUGAUGGACGGGACUUAGCCCCUGUCUUUGGUUUUGGACCACACUUUUACGCACACUGCCUUUUACGCGCUCAAAUCAGCGCCUCUGGAACUUGCACGAUGGAUUAAUUCCUCAUUAGUUUUAGGCCUUUUUUUUUUACUCGUGCUCUCGGGACAAUUGUGGAUUGAUAAGGGACUCGCAUGAUGCUGAAUGAUGAUGAUCUUUUGGUCACUGAAGCGCGCAGCCGUACGUUGGAUUAAGAGCCAGAGACUUUCCGCAGUUCUUGGACCGAGCACCAGUUUAUUCUCCUGAGACACUUUGACCUGUUUUUCCCCUUCUAUUGACGCACAGGGAUGGAGAGCGAGCUGAGACCGAGGCUCUGUUUUCUAACCAAAGGAGAGCGCGGUUAUGGGUUCCAUCUGCACGGUGAGCGGAAUAGAGGCGGACAAUUUAUCCGCAAAGUGGAGCCCGGUUCCUCGGCUGACCUUGCCGGGUUGCGGCCAGGAGACCGUGUGGUGGAGGUGAACGGGGAGAAUGUGGAGAACGAAACUCAUCAUCAAGUGGUGAAUCGUAUCCGAGAGGUUCCCCAUCGCACCAGCAUGCUGGUGGUGGACAGAGAUACAGACGACCACCUCCGCAGCCGUGGCCUGGCCUGCACAGAGGACCUGGCCAUCGAGAUGGGAACCCUCUCCCCGCGGCCCUCGCCCAGGCCCACGCCCUCCACCUCCCCCAUACCCAGAGAGAACUCACCUCUGCCACCUAAACCCAACCACAUUCACGCAUUUCACUUUCCUGCUGCAGAAUCACCCACUCGCAUGAUCACACAAGGCAAAGUCAAGAGAUCCUCAGUGACAUCAAGCACGACGACAGACACAGAGCUACAAGUUGAACCUUCACCAGAGCCGACAGGUGAGCUCCUUCCCCGUCUGUGUCACCUGAUAAAGGGGGAAAACGGCUACGGCUUCAACUUACACAGCGAUAAGACAAAAGGUGGACAGUUUGUACGAGCCGUGGACCCCAACUCAGCUGCUGAGAGCGCAGGGAUCCGAGCUGGAGAUAGAGUAGUGGAGGUGAAUGGAGCGUCCACAGAGGGCCUGAGGCACUCAGAGGUGGUGGCACUGAUCAGGACAGGAGGUGGGGAAGUCCACCUCCUAGUGGUCGACCCCGAGACAGACGAGCUUUUCCAGAGACUGGGAAUCACACCGACUGCCAGCCACACCAAAGAGAUCUACGUGGAUGAAGGAGCCGCAGAAAGCGUCCCGCCAACACCAUCUCCGACCACUGAACUACCCGCUGCAGAGCCACCGAUCAUCAACGUCACUCUGACAAACUCUCCAAUCUCAAGAUCGUCUCCAAAACCUCGAACCAACGGGAGCUCAGCGUCCCAAUCCUCCAGGAGCUCCACCACCCAAUCAGAGAUCAGCAGCUCGGACAUGAGCAUCCAGGUCCCCGACGAGGACGAAAGGCGUGUUUCAGAUCCUUUCAUGGACAGCGGCCUGCGUCUGAGUCCCACAGCUGCUGAGGCCAAACAAAAGGCCCUCGCCAGUCGCAACAAGAAGAGAGCACCCUCUAUGGACUGGAGCAAGAAACAAGAGAUUUUCAGCAACUUCUGAACCAUAAAGACAAGAAAAGGGGAAGAAUGGCACAAAGUGAGAGAUGAUAAAGAUUUUUUUCUGUUUAUACUGUAAUAUUACAUACCAUACCUCCAUCUUGCAGAGGUGUGGACAAGGAGUGGAAAAGAAAAAGAGGUGGGUAAGAGCAUUUGUAGAAAUGUAUUUAAACUAUAUUCUGUGUAUCAGUGCUUUGUAAGACAUCCAAUAGUAUUCUCUAGAUGUCUGCUUUACAGUAUUUGUAAGGACAAAGACAUGGUCUGUGGAUGUGUCAUGAAUCUUUCAUGACAAUAAUGACCAUUUACUAAGGGAUUCUUAUAUGCAAAUGCUCUGUUAGCGCAAAGUGUUUCUCUUCAUUAAGUUAUAAUCACUUCAGAGUCGUGAGUAGAGAUUAUGAGCUUCUACGCACUCCUGUUUCUGCGAUAUUAUCAGCAUUUUCCUGAUUUGGACUGUGUUCGCUAUAGAUAAGAGUUUCUGUUGUAACUAGUGAAGAUUUUAUUGUUUUUGAAGGAAUAACUUUAUGUAUUUCCAUUACACAAUGAGGUCUGGCAUAGGUAUCUACUUUAGUUCUCACAUCAGGUACCAUUUCAAUGUAAAUACAGAGCAAACAAGUGAGCCUAAGUUAUGAAAUUAAUGAUGUUUGAUCACCUCAGUGCUUCUCUUAAAUUUUCCAGAGUGAUUUCUGAAAGGGAAAACAUUUUAAAGAAACAGAUUGUUGACUAGAGCUGUAGACCCUCUGAUUACUUACUGUAGCUUGUUAAAGAAUUUUCUCUACAAUGGGAUGGUCGAAACUUGGUCACGAUGUGAAAUAAACAUUUGCAAUAUAAGUGAAA